UGGGAGGUAGGGAGAAACACUGCGGAGCACGGGCGGGAGGAGGAUCCCUUGGAGCUUCCCGCCCGCGUUCCCGGCUGGCAGCGGGCGGGCUCCCCAGGCGCCGCCCGCGUCCCCCCCACCCCCACCCAGCGCUCCGUCGUCGCCUGGACGCAGGCUCGCGGCAGGGCGGGCACUGGGCCCACAGCCGUGGUCGCCUUCCCGCUUCCCCGUCGCGCUGCCCGCUUGGGCCGUCGCCCUGGCUGCGCCUUCGCCGUCCCGGACGGGCUGAGCAUGUGACUUGUUAGUUAAUUGAUCAGUGAUAUUUUAGAAGCAUGGAGAUAAGGUUAGAAGUGUUAUCAUCAACAAGUAUCAAGCAGAAAAAACCUUGGCCACGAAUCUCCUGGUUGGGACAAGAACAUGAAGCUGUUUAUCUUUUGGAUGAUAAAUCCAUAAAUGAAAUUAAUUUGCUAUCAGGAAGGACAAAGAAGAAAAUACCAAGUUUACAGCCAUUGAUAAAGGAUGCUAUUCUACUAACAACAUCCAAUGCAUGGUUAGCUGGUCUGCUCGCUACAGGGGAAAUUUUUCUUUGGAACAAAGAUCAAGACUGUUUAAAAACGGUACAAGCCAAUGAUAAGCCUAAGGAAAUGAUUAAAACCGUAGCAGCAAGCUCUUUGAAAUUGUACCUAUAUGUGUCUGGAAAUGGAAAAAGAGUUCUGCUUUUAACUCCUUCUGGAUGCAUAUUUCUUUGGGAAUAUCUCGAAUUUAGUAAUAUUUUAUCUUCAAAAAGCUCUUCACUGGUAGGUCAGUGGUCCCAGAUCAUACCUGAAGAAAGAGUUUGUUUGCCUUCCAUUGAAGAUAAAGAAGCUGUAGUGCAUGCUGCUUUUAUAAAAAAUGAGUUACUUGGAGACUGCUGCUUGUGCUCAUUUGCUUUUUAUUCUGGAGAAUGUCUGAAGUUAUCAUUUCUGGCAAUUCGAUGGCAUGAGAAUAGUUUUACAUCUGUAAGAUCAUUGCCAUUCCAUGUUCAUUGGGCACAACAAGAGUGUAUUCUGUGCAGUUUAACUCCUAAAUGUGAAUCAGUGAAGUCAAGAGGAGGUCUGAUUUCUGCCUUUUCAAGAGAUGGCCUUACCCUUGCAGUAGCUCUUAAUCAGAAGGAUCCAAAGGCAACUCAGGUAUUAUUUAUAAACACACUCAAGUUUGUUACUCUCUCUGGUAGCCUUAAGGGCUGUAGUAAUAAAAAUCCUCUGCUUCCAGCUACACUUAUCAGGUCCUACUGGGUGGGUGAUAUCAGCUGGACUCAUGAUAGUCUUUUUCUGGCUUGUAUGUUGAGACGUGGCUCCCUGGUUUUAUUGACCUGCCAGGGUGAAUUGCUAACAUUAGUAACAUUUGGUUGCUCUAUAGAAUUUGGACCGGCAGAAUUUAUACCUCUUCACCCACUAAUAACAUAUAGACCACAACAAGCUACCUUUCAAGAUUCAAAUAAUUCUGUAGAGUCAUCAGCUUCUGAUAAUGACCCUAUGAGACAGAGGUUUUCUGUGAAAGCCCAUUCACGGUCACCCUUCCUCAUUGUUUCUGAUGGAUACAUGGUCACAACUCUUCGAUUUCGUGAUAAAUUUUCUCCAUCAGUGCUCAUGAGAUCCCUUUUGCUUGAUGCAACCCAGAAACUUGAGAAGACAUACCAAAAUGUAGUAGUGUCUAAGCCAAAAGGCAAAGGACUGAACUUGCGGUCACUAGAUUCUCUAAAGUCUAGUCUAUUAAAACAUGAAGGAAAUGAAAGUUCAGUUGAUUCUACUGUUCCCAGAUUCUUGCAGGCAGAGGAAACAAUGAAGUUAAAUGAAAAAUUGGAUUUACAGGAUUUUGAAGCAGAAGAAUCUAAUGAGAGCAAAAACUUUGCAAACAACUUAUUCUCUUCCUGGAGCCAGAAAGAUGAUUCAUUGUUUAGUAGUGCCAAGGAGGGAAGAUUGGAAUUUGCCUCUAUGUUUGAUACAGUACAUGCAAAGGAUAAUACUGAGGAGACAGAUAGAACCAUUACCAAAUUGCAUUCGAUCCAGAAAAAUCUCCUUGCAGCAUGGAAUAUAGGAAUUUCAAAGAAUGUGACUGAAAAGGAUUUGUUGUUAAAUUAUACAGUAGUUUGCAUCACUCAUUUUUUCUACAUUCUUCAAUUUAUAAAAUGUCCCUCUUCCAAACUUCAUCUUCUUUUAAGCACAAGCCCAAAACAUAAUGAGUGGGUGCUUUGUAUCUUUCAGUUUUUUCAUCAGUGUUUGUCAGUCCAGUACUGGGAUUUGAGAUACAAACAAGAUUUGGGACAUUUGGUAAAACUGACCUCAAAUACCAUCAAGCUUUUGCUAACUCAGCAGUACCAGGCUCAGUUAUUCUCUGAGACACUUCUGGCCUGUUUUCAUUUACUCAGGAUGGUAGCUGAUAAUUUAAAUGGAAUAUAUAGUCUCCAACCUGAAGUUAUUUUAGCAUCAACUGAUGGAAGUACAACAGCAAAUCAAGACUCAUUAGUCGUACCCAUCUUUCAGACAUUUCAAGAUUUUGGUUCUCUGGAAAGUGGGUCUUGGAACUCAUCUUUAAAAAUUUGUCCUCAAGCAGUAAAUUUGGUUCGAAGGCCUGGACACAGAUUGAAUGUUCUCUGGAAAAUAUUGUACCAAAAAACUCUGUGGUAUCAACUACAGUUAAGCAAAACUGUUGAGGAGGAAGGUGACAGAGAGUUGGCUGAAAAGAUGGCCCACGAAGCAUCUAUCGUCGAGUCGCUGACUUAUCAUAUACAGGCUAACUUACAGUCUGCUGGAGUACGUUUGAACCAAACCUUAGAACUGAAAUCUAUUCAUGGUGAAGAGUGCUUCCUGUUGGGAUCAUAUGAAAAGUCUAUUCAGUUGUGGAAGGAAGCUCUACAAGAGAUCCAAGUGAAAGGAGGAAGAAGGACAUGUUAUCUUCAGAUACGUUAUUAUCUUUCUCUCCUAUACUGCCACCUCUACAACUAUAAUUUAAAUGAUGCUCAAGGGUUGUGUGACCAGCUAGUAAGAGAAAUACUGAGAUGGUCCCACCUGCCUGUAGGAGAAAAUGAAGAUUGUUCAGCUCCUGACCAGUCUCAGAGCAAGUUCGGGGUGAGUGGCAGUGUCCAUCCUGAGGCGGCCAUAAGGGUGGUCCAGUCCAUGGCUCGUUUCAUGGCCGCAUACUUCACCAACCAGCUGCUUUUCAUCUUGCCACCUCACAAUGUGAGUGUUCUUCCUCCGCUUCACAUUAAGACAGAGCAAUCUCUUCGACUUAUUUCUCUGCAACACUCUAAAGUGGCAAGUGUUAUAAGAGACCAAAAUCUAUCUAAUGUGUGGACAGUCGAAUAUGCCCUUGAGUUAUUAUUUAUUGGUGGCCUGGUUCCAGAGGCUGUGUGGUUGGCAUAUAAGCUUGGAGACUGGAAGACAUCUGUUUCAAUUGGUGUGGCCCUUCAGCUGUUCUGUAAACAUGAUAGCAAUUUGAGUAGGUUCCAGAAAAAAAGUCUGGAUCUGCCAUUAAAUAUGACUCCAGUACAGAUUUUCCAGGAAAAACUGCAGUGCUUCUUAGGGCAGCCAGUCUCUUUGGAAGCAAAAUAUGAAGUGGGCUCAAGAUACAAGCAAUUUACAGAUCCCAUUGAAGAGGAAGACGCAAAUCUUCUCUUUGGUUCAGUGCAAGAAGUACUGAAAGCAGCAGUUAUGGCCGAUGCGGAUAUUAUCUCAGAGACCUUUCAGCUUCUGAUCAGUUCUGCCAAGGACUUCAGUAAGAGACUGUGGGGCUUGGUGCCGGUUGGCUUAUAUCUUCCAGCUCCUCCAUUAUACUGUCCUCAGCCAGCUAUUCUUAGUGAGGUGGUUUAUUUUCUUCAGGAAGAUGGUGAUGAUCUCCUCCUAAAAACUGAGAAAGAUAAUCGUCAAAAGGUGUCUGGGAUCCUUCAGCGAAUUCUUCUGCUCUUCCGCGCUGCGCGCUGUUCCUUUCCUGUAGCACAGUGGUAUAUUCUGCAGUUGAGAUGGGCAAGAAAAGUCAUGCAGAAGAUUAGAAUGAAAGGGUCUCUUCCUUCCUUGAAUCCUUUCCCUCAGUCCUUACUUAAUUACUGUAAAGAAGGUGUGUUAUUCUUUCGACCUGGAGCAACUGGAGACCACAAACUUGAUGAAGUUUCCAUUAAAGCAAUAGUUUGCUUCAGAGAACUCUGUGCUUUGUGUUGGAUGCUGCAUAUCCGUGAUAAGUUAUCCUACAGUUGCAGACAAUAUCAGAAAGCAAGAGAAAAUGUGGAGGAGAAAAAGGACACUGAAGUGGAGUUUGAUUCUUGCCUGGUUGAGCACUGUCUCAGUGCAGUGGAAUGGGCUUAUCGAAUGCUUCCCUUCUCUCGAUUUUCUAAUAUUGAGGAACUUAUUCAGGAUCUAAUUUUGAGCCUUAUCGGAGAAUUACCACCCAUCAGAAAGGUAGCAGAAAUUUUUGUGAAAGCGUUUCCCAAUCCUGAGGACAUAAGGGUUUCCUUAAGAGAGAAAUACCACUCUCUCCUACAGAGACUGAGACACUGUGUUGUGAAAGGUCCCCAAACAGAGGAAAUGAUGUCUGUUGUCAUGCAUUCUAUCCACAAAGUAAGGGUAAAAGCCCUAAAGCGUGUGCAGAGAAAUAUAGGUUCUUUUGAGAUGAACAUAUGGGAACCAAUUGAAGAGGAGAAGCCAGCAGAGGGUCCCAGUUUUGACAGGUUUUCCCUGGGGACUAGUUUAAGCAGGAGCACCCUCACGGAACUGGGGAAUUCUAUGGUUCACAGCGACGACGCAGACACAGCAGAUACUUUAUCUGAAGCUUUGCCAGUGGAAAACAAAAGCAGGAUACAUUCUUCUCAGAGGAAUGUCCCAAGUCACAGGAAACUAACAUUUACUGGUAAGCCCAGUGAAAAAAGGAAAAUGUAUCAUCAGGAAGGAAACUCUGAAAAAAAAGAAGAUCACAAAAAGUUUCAACAAAAAGCUCUUCCUGUAAUAGGUGUUUGGGAAUUUGAACGUGAUGAUGAUGAAUAUAUUAAAUUUCUUGAUCUCUUUUUGAGUUACGUUCUUGAAAGGGACCUGCUUAGUUCCAAGGAUCCUGGCAUUCCAUUUCUAACUAGUUUUUCUGGACAUCUUAGGGAACAUGAGCUUAAUUCUUUAUUAUUUGAUGUACAUACAACAUUAAAACGGCGUCAGGGCAAACCAAAAAGCCAAAGCGUGUUUAGAGCCGGCUCUUGCUUUGUUGUUGCUCCUGAAUCAUAUGAGACUGAAAACCCAGAAGAUCAGGAAUUUGCAGCUUCAGUGCGGGCAAAUCAGGGGCUCAAUCCAGGUUUAGAGAACCCUUUGAGUGAAGUCAGUAAAAAUGAAGGGAAGAGUGGACUGUUUGGUUUAAAACAAAAGUCAAUUUACAGAAUACAGGAUGACAGUCCAGAGAAACCUUUAAUUCAGAGAGUGUCAAAUCAUAGCUUUUGGACUCCCAAAUCCAUGAAAACGAAAAAUAUUUUCAGAGCAAUUCAGUGCAGUGACACGAAUCCUCAAGAAGAUAUUCCUUUAGCACUAAAUGACGCAUUCAGCAAUAUAAAAAAACUGCUUGAAUGGAUGAUAAGAUGGGCUGAUAGAAGACUGCUCUGUGAUCCCAGUCUCACUGAGUCCCACACUGAACACAGUCCCGUCAUUCGUGUCAAGACCUCAACAGGUGCCAUACUUACUUCAUUGUGGCUUUUGGAACAACCUUAUUUUGCUACUUAUAAGGCAAAAAUUGUAACAACUGAGGUUCCAAAGAAUCAGUACUUUGGUUCUCAGAAUGGACUUAAUGUUGAGAGUGAGUGUAAAAUGGAUACUGGCUGUUCCGUUGCACUGUUCUCUCAUAGUGGGACCGAGCAAAGAAAUGGUGAAAAUGAAUCUUGUCAAAGUAUCUUAAGCAAAAGACUGUCAAGUGCAGCAAAAGACCCUGAAAUAAAAGAAACCAAUGAUGAGAUUAUAUCUGUCAUUGCUGAUACAAAAAAAGAAUUUAUAGAUAUUGAUGAGAAUAUUUUAAUAGAAGACACAUUUGCACAGGAGAAAACGGAUCUGGACAUAUCAGACUAUGAAGAAGAGGCCAGAGAGCCUGUUGGAAGUCUCAAAAGUCCCAGUAUUUCCAUUUACAUGCAGAAUUUAUCAGAGCGUUUAGAAGAACAUUCCACAGAAGAAGUUCAGUGUCUAAAAGAAGAACCAUUACACACAUAUGUUGAGAAAAAGUCAACUGAUCAGAAAGGCAUGAUCGAAGCCUUUUCAAAUCCUGAAUACACCAUUCCUCAUUCAUUUUGUGUAGAUAAAAGUUCAGAAAUUUCUAGUGCUGGGGAUGGAGCACCGGACAUCACAGAUGCCAGUGCACAGAUCUCUGCAUGUAAAGAUAAGUCUUCUUCAGUUCCACCUCUGGCAUCAGAUGGAGUCAGUGCUGCUUCCCAGACGCCUGUGCCCACACCUCAGAACUCCCAGAGGCAUGAGCCCAGGGCCCAGUUACCAGAGUCUUCUGAUCCCGUUAGACAGAUGCUUCAGGAUGAAAUGUUUAAGCUAGUUCAGUUGCAACAAAUCAACUUCUUGAGCUUAAUGCAAAUAGCAGGAUCAUCCUUUGCGAAUCUCCCAGAUCUGCAUCAUAUUCUGCAGCAAUCUCAGUCAGUGAAUUUGAUGGGAAGUCAAGUAUCUAACCCCACAGGAGCAAAUGUUGAUAUGGAAGAUACCAAUGGAAAUCUGAAGGCAAGAUUCCUUAAGCCUCAUUCCAUGGGAGAGAACACUGGAGCACUUGACAAGAACAUUCCACAUUGCAAUGAAGGGGUUGUGCAAUGUGAUCACAAUAGUAAUGGAAAUUUACAGAGUGUUCCACAUGGGAAUAUUUCUCUGUGUAAGUUAGAAGUCCAGCCCCAGAAUAGAGGACCAACUCCAGCAUCUCAAAACGUACCACCUCCUUCGUUGUCUCCAGCCCCUGCCGGCAAUACUCAGCUCCAUCUUUUGUCCACAUCUGCUGCCAUUCCUAAGGCGCCUACCCUUAUCCCAACCGCUAAACCUUUCCAACUUCAUGAUGGUUUUCCUUUGCUCCAAUUCCAGCCUAAAUAUGACUGUAAGCCCUUUUCCUUCCAUUCAGGAAGAAUCCCAGCAGCUCCCCUAAGACCUCCACUGCAGCCAAGAGAGGCCUGGGGACCGUCUGAUUCCUUCCAGUCUCCUUUGCCACAGGAAGCAGUGCACACUUCUUUAAUGCCUGAUUUGAAUUUGAACUGGUCUAAUACUGGAGUCAUGGAAAAAGCAGACGAGCAGAAGAAAUGGGCAGAAAAAGUACCCACAGAAGUCCCAAAACAUGUGAACAUGGAUCAGUAUGUUGGACAUAAAAACUCAAAACUUCGACAGGAAUCUUCACUAUUUUUACGACCAGAAAAACUAUUUGAUGUCAUCCCAGCACCCUUUGAGAUACCAUCUCAGAAUUCUUUUGGACUUCCAUUAUUGCAUCUUCAACUCAAAUCACCUUGUUUAUUUUCCUCUGCCCCAAGUACAGCAAUUACACUUCCAUCAGUGCCAAUCAGAACUGUUGUCGAAGAAAGAAACUACCCAAGACUAGCAUUACUUCAUUCAUAUCUGUCCCCGGAAAAUAUGUAUAAAAAACCACAUCUUAUUCCACUAGAAAAUCUCAUGGCAUUUAAACAAAACCAACAAAAACUAGCACAUGAUAUAUUUGAGCAAGGCAAUUUGAGACAACUUCAGCUUCUAAAAGUUAAAAUUGAGGAAUCUGAAGUGAGACAAGAGAGGAACAGUAGAAAAAGACAAAGGAGACGAAUAGAGAAAGAGCUGCAAGAGACAGUAAGGACUGAACCAAGUGUACCUUUCCAUCCAAAGGAUUCCAUCAAGAAGGACGAUGAAUCAGAUGUCGUUAUGAAACCCAAGGAGCAACAAGAUCAUCAUGGUUCCCAGCCUUUGGACGACUUUGACAUUCCAUUUGAAAUGCUUCAAGAUAAUGUUAAUACUUCAGCUGGAUUGCAUUUCAUGGCCUCUGUAAGAAAGAAAGUUAUAGGACAUCAGGAUGCAAGUACAAAUACAGACCCAGAAGUUGCUUCUCAAGAAGUUGUUUCUGAAUGCCAUAAAAAUGAGAAAAUCCCUUCUUCUACAUCAGAGCAUGAAUCUUGUUCUGUUCCUCAGAAUUUGGUUUCAGAUGUAUAUUUAAAUGUCAGAUUUUCCACUGAAAAAUCAGAGAGACCGUUGUUACCUUCAGCGUCUGAUGUGGUUGGACACACUUACAUAAAUGUGGUUGACAUUGAAGCUGAUAAUCUACGGGAGUUACCUGUCAGGAAAGAGUCUUCAGAUGAUGUUCACAAACAGCAAAGUGAUCAUAUGGAAGCCCCAUCUUCUACAGAGCUACAUUAUCUGGCAGCUUCAGUUACUAAUGCCUUUCCCUUUCACAAUUUUAAGAACCAGGAUUCUUCCAGUACCACUAUGGAUUUAGUUUUUAAACCUGCAGAAGUGUCUGCAUCCUGCAUGACUGAGAGAAGCCGGAAAGCUGUCAUUACAGAAGUGAAGGAGCCCGGUGCCACCUUGCCUGCGCUUUUAGAUGUACAUCUGGACAAAGAUAUGCUGGAGCCAGAGUUUCCUGUGCAAGAUCAGAGCUCAAAGUCAGAGGCUGCAGAGGAGAGCUGGCUGGGGGAGGGACCACAGGCCCUGCCUGCCGCACGCCCUGCGCCACGCUCUGCAGCUCGCCGGCUCCAGCAGCUCACAGCUGAGAUGCUGAAGAUGGACGAGCAGCUGUUAGCAAUACAGAGCAUCGCUGAAAACAUAGAGCAGAAUUUCCCCAGGCAGCAGAUGCUACAUGGGGCUUGUGAUAAGGUUGAACCCGUGGGUCCCAUUGAAUCGUCUGCUGGUCCUGAACGUGAAAAAAUGAUGGCUUCAAAACCCAUGAGGCUCUCUCAAGUGCAUUUCCCAGUACCUAUGGAUAAGGAAGAUCAAAGUGAUGAGGAAGACACAGCUGAACUUUCAGGGCCAGAAACUCAUUCCAGUCCGAAAGCAAGUGUGUUCCCGUCUGCUGAUUCUGUUGUCAGCCUUUCCAGUGAGCAGAAUGCAACGUACCCUGGUGUAAAUAAUGAGGAGUUAUUUGAGAAUGUUUCAGUAGAUGAGCUCCAGGUGACAGGACUUACUGACAUCGCUGAUAUUAUCGAUGACCUUCUCACAAAAGAUGGCAUUUCUAGCCAGGAGCUCGGCUUAACAGAACAGCAAGCUCGGAGAAUCUCCAGUAUUCAGCGUUCUUCUGGUAGACAUCCACAAAGAACCGAGAAGGAGAGAAGAGAGCUCCAGAUCUGGAUGAAAAGAAAACGAAAAGAGAGAAUGGCAGAGUACUUAACUCAACUGGAAGAAAAGAGAGGGCAAGAGCAUGAUCCUUUCUACCCUAGGAACAACCCAUUUUAUUUGACUUCACGGGAAAUCCGGAUGAGACAAAAGAUGAAACGAGAGAAAGACAGAUUGCUGCUCUCUGACCACUACCGCCGUCGGCUCUCGCAAGCUUACAGUCUGAUGAAUGAACUGUUGCUGGAAUCAGCACCGUUGCCAGCAGCUGCACGGAAACCACUUCGGGCCAGGCCCGGCGCGACUCCGCUUCCCGCACAGCACCGCCCCGUCUCCCCCCGAAGAGAGAAUCAUCAUGGUCAGAAUUCCCCAAUAAGUCCACCUGGAAAAGGCAGAUAUUAUACCCCUAAAGGGAAGAAAUCUUUUGGACAACUCCAAGUCUCCCCUUGGUCACAUGGAACUGCCACUUUCAACAUACAGAAAAAAACUGGUGAAGCCAAAGUGGCAGUAAGGAAGACUGCGCAGUCUUCAGUUAGCUUGCACAAAGGCUCUAGUGCUCUUACAAAAAGACAUGGAAGUGCUGACCUUGCACCUCAACCCAGGCCAGCAUAUUCAGGGCUUGAGAGAGAGGAGAUUGUAGUGAGUCCCUGGACAUUACCGUCAGAGAUCCAGAAGAUUCUUCAUAAGAGUCACAGUUCCCUUUUAGACUUGCAGUCAGCUGAGGAGGAGCCAGAACUGCCUGCUGGAGUGAGCGGCCUGGGGAGCGUGUCAGAGAGCACGGGCAGCCUCCUCAGCAGCCUUGACUGGAACGCUAUUGACAACAUGGUGGCUGGUGUGGAGGACAAGAGCCCGUCAGUCCACUGGGUUCAUGACCAAUAGGACCUGAAUAUCAUUCUCUUUCCAGGCUAAGGCAAGCAGCUCAGUGUUAUCCUUCUGAAAGAUUUCUAGUUUUUAAGGGAAGAAAUCAAUGAAGUGAUGUUAUUUACCAUCUUCAGCCAUAUUGUUACCUGGAUUAGCCAUUUCAAGAGGAAAAAAUAAAAUCAUUCCCAAUGCUUUUUUGUCUUCAUGGGAAAAGAAUUAACUACAGAUGCAAUAAUAUAUUUUUGAUUUUGUAUUUCAGGCAUAACUUUUUAAAUUAUGAAAAAUGUAAAGUACCUCCUCAGGUCAUUUGCAUGGUAUUAUAUUGCUUUCAAUAAAAAUAUUUUGCCUCUU